CUGACACUCAAGAAUAGGAGAGUAUCCAAAUCCAUAUUAGAAGGUCUCAUGACUCAUCCUAGACUUUAUGGAAACCUUUCCUAUGUACAAUGUAUGUAGACGCUAUUUAUGUCAAACAGGUCAUACUUCUUUACUGACAAUAAUAAGUGGAAGUGAGUGAUGAGAUCACCAUUCCACUGUCUGAAAUUGAUGCAUGUUGUCGUGCUUUCAGUCCUGUGCCAUGUACUGUACUGCUGCUGUAAUGCUUGUCCUGAUGAAGCACUUACCAAGUUUCUUGAAUACUUACUAGGGAACUUGUUUGCAAUGGCAACUCUGAGCAAUUCAACAAAUAUCUUUUGGCAAGAUUGUCAGAUAGGAAGGGCUGAAAGGCAGAAGCUACUUAACCAAAAGGGAUGUGUUGUUUGGAUUACUGGACUCAGCGGAUCAGGAAAAAGCACAUUGGCAUGUUCCCUAAGCAGAGAACUGUAUUCAAGGGGAAAGUUAUCUUAUGUCCUUGAUGGAGAUAACCUUCGGCAUGGACUAAACAAAGAUCUUGGUUUUAAAGCUGAAGAACGCACUGAAAACAUUCGCAGAACUGGAGAAGUGGCAAAACUCUUUGCUGAUGCUGGUUUGAUAUGUGUUGCCAGUCUCAUAUCUCCUUACCGAAGAGAUCGAGACACUUGCCGAUCCAUGUUACCUGAUGCGAAUUUUAUUGAGGUUUUCAUGAACAUGCCCCUAGAAUUGUGUGAGUCACGAGACCCGAAAGGCCUCUAUAAGCUUGCUCGCGCGGGCAAAAUCAAAGGUUUUACCGGCAUUGAUGACCCAUAUGAGCCACCCUUGAAUUGCGAGAUUGAGAUAAAGCAAGAUGGUGGCCUUUGUCCAACACCUACUGUGAUGGCUGGACAAGUAGUUACUUACUUGGAGAAGGAAGGUUUUCUUGAACAUUAGGGGUUUGAAAAAUGUGAUUAUCUCUAAUGAUGAUGUUUCUUCUGUAAUGAAGAUGGUGAGAAAUCCUAGGAAGUGCAUGUAGGAGAGCAGUGAGAGGGAAAAUGGACAUGUAAAGUUCAUCAAUUAUAAAAGAAUAAAUAAAUAGCGAAUAAUUGUUGCAAA